CCACCUUCGUGCAGCUCGCAGACCGUUCGUUUUUAAGAGACGAGAGAAUUCCUCAUCUCCACAAAAGCAAUUUCACUUUCAGGAUGAUCUCAUUUGGGCAAACAGCUUACCUCAUGGCUUUGUUUAGUACGGUUUCCUGUGGAUGUCUGACUCAACUGUAUCAAAACACCUUCUUCCGCGGUGGGGAUUUGACUGCCAUAUACACCCCAAACGCCCUACACUGUCGGACGGUGUGCACGCUCCACCCCAAGUGUUUGCUUUUCAGUUAUCUGCCAGCGAGUUCAACUAACAACACAGGGAAAAGGUUUGGUUGCUUCUUGAAAGAUAGCAUUACAGGAGUCCUGCCAAGAGUGCAUCUGAUGAGUGCAAUUUCUGGACAUUCCUUAAAGCAAUGUGGUCAUCAAAUAAGUGCUUGCCACCGAGAAACUUAUGAAGGAAUUGAUAUGAGAGGAGUCAAUUUUAAUGUGUCGAAGGUAGACAGUGUUGAAGAAUGCCAGAAGUGGUGCACCAAUAAUAUCCAUUGCCAAUUCUUCACAUACGCCACACAAACAUUUGCCAAUGCAGAGUACCGAAACAACUGCCUGUUAAAGCACAGUCCAAGUGGGACACCAACCAGUAUUAAGGUGCUGGACAACGUGGUAUCUGGAUUCUCGCUGAAGCCCUGCGCACUUUCAGAGAUUGGUUGCCACAUGGACCUUUUCCAGAAUCUUGCGUUUUCAGAUGCGGCUGUGGCCCGAGUCCUCACUCCAGAUGCCUUUGUGUGCAGAACCAUUUGCACCUACCAUCCCUCCUGCCUCUUCUUUACCUUCUACACGAGUGCCUGGAACGCAGAGUCACAAAGAAAUGUUUGUUUCCUUAAGACUUCUCAAAGCGGGACACCAACUUCUACUACUCAAGAAAACACUAUAUCUGGAUAUAGUCUUUUAACCUGCAAAAGAACUUUGCCUGAACCCUGCCAUUCCAAAAUUUACCCUGGAGUUGACUUUGGAGGGGAAGACUUGAACGUGACCUUUGUGAGUGGAGCCAGCGUUUGCCAGGAGACUUGCACGCAGAUGGUCCGCUGUCAGUUUUUCACUUAUUCUCUACUCCCCAAAGACUGCAGGGGACAAAAGUGCAAAUGUUCCUUAAAGUUAUCUCCGGAUGGUUCUCCAACAAGCAUUACGUAUGGGACACAAGCGAGAUCUGGUUAUUCUUUGAGAUUGUGUAAAGCUGGGGACAGCUCUGUCUGCACAACAAAAAUAAACACACGCAUUGUUGGAGGAACGAACUCUUCGUGGGGAGAGUGGCCCUGGCAGGUGAGCCUGCAAGUGCAGCUGGCGGGCCGGAGGCAUCUGUGCGGAGGGUCCAUCAUUGGACACCAGUGGGUGCUAACUGCAGCCCAUUGCUUUGAUGGACUUCCCUUACCAGAUAUUUGGCGCAUUUACAGUGGCAUUUUAAAUCUGUCAGACAUCACAGGAGAAACUCCUUUCUCACUAAUAAAAGAAAUUAUUAUUCACCCAAACUACAAAAUCUCGGAAGGUGGUCAUGAUAUCGCCUUACUAAAACUCCAGGCUCCUUUGAAUUACACCGAAUUCCAAAAGCCAAUAUGCCUACCUUCCCAAGGUGAUGUAAAUACAAUUUAUACCAACUGCUGGGUGACUGGCUGGGGCUUCUCGAAGGAAAAAGGUGAGAUCCAAAAUACUCUACAAAAGGCAAAUAUUCCUUUGGUAACAAAUGAAGAAUGCCAGAAAAGAUACAGAGAUUAUGACAUAACCAAACAGAUGCUGUGUGCUGGCCAUAAAGAAGGGGGGAAAGACACUUGUAAGGGAGAUUCUGGCGGUCCCCUGGUCUGUAAACACAGCGGAAUAUGGCAUUUGGUCGGCAUUACCAGCUGGGGUGAAGGCUGUGGCCGCAGGGAACAACCCGGUGUCUACACCAAAGUUGCCGAGUAUGUGGACUGGAUUUUAGAGAAAACACAGGGCAGCGGUGGAGACGCUCUGUAAGGAGGAGCCGGUCUGUGGCUCUGUUUUGACCACCGUGUUCAAACGUCUGCAGCACGUGUACAAUGGUGUCCACCUCACAUCCUGUCACGGGUUAAAAAAGUGCGUACAAGGCUGCGGAGGACGUGUCCACUGAGGCACGCUCCAGCAUCCGGGAACGGGGGCUAAGCCUGAGAGAUCCCCCCGAAGAUCUCCAUGGUUCUUGUGAAAUAAAAUGGCAAAAGAGAACGGUUA